UGUGUUCAGGUAUGUGGAGUGAAGCUCCGCCUCCAGACGGCUUCUUUAAAAAGUUCCAGUUUGUCCAGUUUAACUCCAUUCUGAAACAGCAGGAAGAAGAAUCACAAACUCUGUUUGGAUAAAACCAGCAGCGAGUGGCUGAAGAUGCUGGGUGCCUGGACUCGGAGGCUCCCCCUGCUGAGCCUGGUUCUGGUCCUGGUCCUGGUUGUGGUUCUGGUUCUGGAUCCGACCAGCGGAGCCUCGACUCUGGGCCUGACGGUCGCCGUGGUUCCCCUGGACAGCGAUGGAGGACAGACGGUUCGAGCUCACUUCACCUCCAUCUCGGCUGGUUCUUGUCCGUCUCUGUCUGGACUCUGUCCUGAAGGAGACGACUGUCUGCUGCAUAGAACCUCGGUACCGUUUACCGGAACCAGACCCGGUUCUGGGUGGUGCGUCCGGCAGUGGCAGAGAACCGUCUCCAGCAGAUACUCAGCCAACGUCAGCCUCGGGUCCGACACUGAGUUUUACGUGUCCCUGAACGCAACACCGAAGGUUCGAGCAAACAGCGGGAGACUGAACCAGCCAGUCUUCGUCGCUCUUCCUCCUCCUCUCAGAGCUCGUGUGAACUGCCCGCAUCACUUCCACCUGUCGGUCAAAGAUCCGGACGGAGACAAAGUUCAGUGUCGCUUCGCUCGACCGGAACGAGGAGAAUGUUUGAGCUGCGAGAGGCGUCCGUUCAUCGAGCUACAGGAGGAGAAAUGCAUUUUGUUCUUCACUGGGAAGGCAGCUGCAGGUCAGUAUUUCAUCCACCUGAUGGUUGAAGAUCUGAUUCCUGUUCCUAAAAUCAGCCACGUCACCAACAACUCACCGCUUAGCUCCGUCCCGCUUCACCUCUCUCUGACCGUGGAAGAAUCGUCGACCAGCUGCACUGAUGAACCGUUGGCUUCUUCAGAAACUCCUGCAGAGGAUUCAGUGAUGUUCGUUCUGCCGUACGAGCAGAUAAAGUUCAACAUCCACUACAUAUCUGAGGCCGAGAGUGUUUCAGAGGUAGCGGUGGUCGGUCCUCCAGAACUCUACCGGACCGACCUCACCUCGGUCGGUCCUCUGGCUGCCCUGACGGUCUCCUGGACUCGAUCUGAGAACCAACUGGCUCGACUGCUGCCAAUCUGCUUUGUAGCAAACACCAACAGUUUGCAGUCGGAGCCCCGCUGUGUGUGGUUGUACCAAAGGGAGAUGAAGGUGCUGCCCUCAGGAACAGAGCUGAAGUGUGGGAAGUCGGAGAUGACCCUGGUGCUGCCCGUCACCUCCCUCAGCAAUAUUAAUCUGGCCGAGCUGCAGCUCAACAGUCCUACCUGUCCGGUCAGCUACAACAGCACUCACCUGACGGCCAGCAUCUCACUGAGCGGCUGCGGCACCAAGACUGUGGUAACAUCUCUGUUCUUAGAGCUUUAACCGUCCCUUUACAUUGUAUUAUAGAACACACAGCUGUGUAUUCUCUACAUGAUGUCAGUAAAUGCAUCAGAGAUCAGCUGCAGUACC